GUUCGAUCGAUCAUAGUUAAUGGAUCGAUUAAUCGAUUUCUUUUACGAAAAUAAUUUCGUUUGUCAUGUCGUUUUUUAAUUUAACUCAACUUGGUGCGGAUGAUGCAGUAAAGGCCGCUGUGACUGUUAAAUCAACGCCGAAUAGCACAGCAGCUUGUAAUGGGAGACAAAGUGGUGUUUCGAGCAGGUUCGGUGAAACAGUGCUUCCAAAUUCUGAAGCGAAUGGUUCACAUGAAAAAUACACAACAAUGUUACAGAAACAUCAGCGUCCUCCUAAUGGUAGGAUUAUAUUACAAUGUGCAUACUUUUAGAUUAUGUGGAGAUAUUGAAUGUUUGAUAGCAUCAGAUGACAUAUGUUGAUUGUAGCACAAAUCAGAACAUAAUUUAUUUUUAUAGAGUCGCUGGACUCUCAAUCUCGUACCCAGAGCAAUGCCUGUGUGCGGGCUAGGAUGGCAUUGGCUCUGGGGAAAUUGAAUUUUUCCUGUGCUGUGAUUGGUUUAACGUUUAUCAAUCGUGCAUGCCGACAAAGAACCGGAACCCCUAAAUUUAGGGGUUCCGGUUGUCAAUUUCCCAAGAGCCAAUGCCAUCCUAGCCCGCGCACAGGCAUUGCUCUGGGUACGAGAUUGCUGGACUCUCGGAAAAAUUUCCGUACAUGAUUUUUUUUCGAAGAUAAAUGCCUGCAUGAUUUUUUUUCUAGAUUCCAAGUUUUGCAGGAUUUUUUUUGUAUUGAAGUUGAUACAAUUUUUCCCUAUAAAACCCAUCUAGCUGUUAAUGGUUCAUGCAACUUUUCCAUAAAUGUAUAUAUAUAUUAUUAUAUAUAUACCAAUACAGCUUUAUAAAGGAAUUUUUAAGGCAAUCACAUGUACACUAGUCCUACCUUCACCUUUUUAAUUUGCAAAGUAAAGUAAAUGAGAUAAGAGGAAUUCAAAAGAUGUUGAAGGCUUUCCCGCUGUAUACUUUUCCCCUGUACACUUUCAUCCAUUCCAUCUCUGGUUUGAACAAAGUUCCUAAAUGCCGGCUUGGCUGCGGCCAGUGUGAUAAUUUAAAUAGUUUCUGUCCUUUGAAGAUUAAGAGUGAAUAUUUGUGGGCUUUAUAUUUCCAUAUAUACAACCCUCUUGAAUUCGAACUUGGUGAGAAUUUAUAAACUUAAAAUCCUCAAUAUUGUCCUCUGAGACAUCUUCGAGGCAACUAAUAUCACUAAUUAUACCUGUCUUUAUAAAAUCUUCCUGAUAUUUUUCAAGGGAUAUUCCUGAAGGGCAGCGCAAGCCAUUUUUGGUUUAGGGAGGGGGGGGGGCUAGAGCAAACGCCGAAGGUGUGAGUUUACUACAGGGGUUCCGGGGCCGUGCCCCCCAGGGAAAUUUGGAAAUCUGAGACCUUCCAGAGCCCCGGAAAUGCAAUAAAUUCUACUAGUUGCUGUUACAGUCGUGCCACUAGAAGCAUUCCGAAAAAUGUUGACCAGUUCAUUUCCUAACUUGAAGGAACACCUCUGAACAAUUCCUUAAAAUUUUGAAAAUUUCUUUAAAAAGUUCCUAACUUCCUGUUUCAUUGACCAAUCAAAUUUUUUAUUUUAUUUUUGAGCAAUCUGAUUGGUCAAUGAAACAGGAAGUUAGGAACUUUUUAAGGAACUUAUCAAAUUGUUGAGGAAUAGUUCAGAGGACUACUCUUCGAAGUUAGGAAAUGAACUGGUCAACAUUUUUCGGAACGCUUCUAUUGGCACAACUGUAAAAAGUUUCUUAAUAAAUGACUGUUAAAUCUAAUAUUACCCAUGACAACUGGAAAGCCAAGAGCACAGAAAACUAUUUAUUAAUACUGCAUUUAACAUUUGCAAUAUAGCAAAAACUGCUAUACACCCAGUCGUCACACUGCACUUGCAAGAUUUUUUUUCAGACUAGAUCAUGUGCAGGAUAUUUUUUUCACAUAAUUUCUCCUUGCAGGAUUUUUUUUGAGCUGGCCUCUGCAGCUCAGUUGGUUAGAGCGCUGCACCGGAAACGCAGGGCCGACGUUCAAUUCCUACCAGAGGACCUUGUGCUGCAUUUUUCGCAGUCGUUCCUGGUUAGGUCUUAAAAUGUAUAUAUUCUCACUUGGAUUACAAACCCUAACAUCCUAAUAUUAAUUCCACCAAGUGAAGUGCAAGAAUCUAAGUUAUUCAAAUCACCAGAAAAUCCUACCAAGGGCAAGGGGGGUAAGUUUGCUGGGGAGAUACUCCCCAAGAAAUUCUUGAAUUUUGAGUCUCUUUAAUUUGGGGAUAUGUUUGUUUGUGGCAGACAGGGGCGUAGGAACCGGGGGGGGGGCAGGCCCCCCAAGUUUUCCAAAGUGCCCUUUUUCUGGGAGCAAAGUGCCCUUUUCUUGCGUGAAAAAUGUAGUGUCAUUAAGAUUGCAUUUUUUGUCCAAAGGGCACUUUUGAAAACUUGAAUUUAUGUUAUUUCCGGAAAAUUUUUUUCAUUUCCGGGAAAAAUAUCAUAUAUCCGGAAAAUUUUUUUCAUAUUUUGGAAAAAAUGUGAUAUUUCCGGAAAUUUUUUUUUGCCCUUUUUUAUUCUAAAUGUGCCCCUCAAAGCCUGGCCCCCCUAACUUUUAGAAGCUUUCUACGCCCCUGGUGGCAGAAUACAAUUGUCUUCAACAGUGUUGCAGAACAUGCUUGUUACAAAACAUAGUUUUCCCUCUGACAAAAUGAUAAUUUCUCCCCGAUAGAGGGGGAGCUAUGAACAAUGAUUUUUGACAGUUGACAGUGACUAAUGUUUACAUGUAAUUAUUUUCUGCAGGCCCAAAUGAAAUUUAUAGCAAACCAGUGACAACAAAUAUGAAAUAUGGAUGGUGGAUGAAAGAUGGUGUUGAAAAAGAAUCAUGGACAAAAACUGAAAGACAUUCAUGUGUGCACAGUGAAAUGACUAGGUAACUAAGAAAUUACAGCUGUGUAUAUUGUGCACAUUCAAGUAUUGUAUUUCAUUCAAUAUUAUAUAUUAAUUUUAAAAUAAUUAAUAUGUUUCCUUUUUAGAUUUGUUGAUGAAAUGACUUUAACAAACAGAGAGUUCACGCUUUUUUAAUGACAUCAUGAUCAACUAAAACGCUUGACAAGUUAAAGAAUAUCCAUUUCUAUCAAUUAAAUUGCAUUGUAAAAUACUAUUAAUAUGAACAAAACCAAACGAAACCAUUUAUUAAAUGGUGAAACGUGGUGGUGAACCAGUAUAAUAAUGACUUAAUUGUUGUACAAAUACUUUACCAAGUCAUCUCAAACAAACUUUGUAAUAGCUGGCUAUCAAAGAGGUUGAGAUAAUUCGAAAGAUUCAUGGAAAACAAGAUAUAUACUUUUCUAGUCACUUUUGUAAUGCAAUGUUACAAAAUGGCAAUGACAUUGUUGCAUCUGAUGGCACAAUUAAGUCAAUCACGUUGGUGUACAAAUAUUUCACUUCGAAUGUAGAAUAUCAAAAUAAUAUCCAAAUCACGUAAGUUUUAGUAAUACUGUAGGAAUUUGCCUUUCUUAUACCCUCAAGUACACUCACGUGAAAAUGUAAUUUACGAGAAUUAUAUAUUGGACGAAGACGUACGUUGUCAGUAUGAUUCAAGGGGCAGGUUAUAGAUGUAUCAAUUUGUCAUUGAUGCAUGUUUACUGGCAUCAAAAUUAGUAUAUGCAUGUGUUUGAUAUUUCUUGGAAGAAUUAAUAUUCAUACACUAUAUAAUUAGAAAUGUUUGUGAGUUUGUCCAGGAACAUUUGGAAUUAAAAAUGAGAAACAGGGUCUUAACUAUUUUAUGAACCUAUAGGCUAUACACGGCAUCCAUGAGUUUUGGCCACAGUAACACCCAACAUGGCCUUGCUUCUAGAGCGAGGAGUGUUAACUGUAUACAGUAUAUUCUCAUACAACCUCGUACCCAGGGUCUUAAAUACAUACAGAAUUAUGUCAGAACCGUAAAGUAAUAUUAAUUCAGGC